GCGGUCUAGGCCCAAAUGGGGCCCCACGGGCCGGGCAUGGGGCAUCGAUUGGAAUCAGGAGACCCUCGACGGUCCCACCGCAAGUUCUCCGCUCCCAGGCACGGAUCCCUGGGCUUCCUGCCUCGGAAGCGCAGCAGCAGGCAUCGGGGAAAGGUCAAGAGCUUCCCCAAGGAUGACCCCAGCAAGCCCAUCCACCUCACCGCCUUCCUGGGCUACAAGGCGGGCAUGACCCACAUCGUGCGCGAAGUCGACAGGCCUGGAUCCAAGGUGAACAAGAAGGAAGUGGUAGAGGCCGUGACCAUCGUGGAGACGCCGCCCAUGGUCAUCGUGGGUAUCGUGGGCUACGUGCAAACCCCCCGUGGCCUCCGCACCUUCAAGACCAUCUUCGCCGAACACAUCAGCGAUGAGUGCAAGAGGCGUUUCUACAAGAACUGGCACAAAUCCAAGAAGAAGGCCUUCACCAAGUACUGCAAGAAGUGGCAGGAUGAGGAGGGCAAGAAGCAGCUGGAGAAGGACUUCAACAGUAUGAAGAAGUACUGCCAGGUUAUCCGUGUGAUUGCUCACACCCAGAUGCGCGUCCUCCCCCUGAGGCAGAAAAAGUCUCACCUGAUGGAGAUCCAGGUGAACGGCGGCAGCAUCGCCGAGAAGGUGGACUGGGCCCGCGAGAAGCUGGAGCAGCAGGUGCCCGUGGCCACGGUCUUUGGCCAGGAUGAGAUGAUCGACGUCAUCGGCGUCACCAAGGGCAAGGGCUACAAAGGGGUGACCAGCCGUUGGCACACAAAGAAACUGCCUCGCAAGACCCACAGAGGUCUCCGCAAAGUUGCCUGUAUCGGGGCCUGGCAUCCUGCCCGCGUGGCCUUCUCUGUGGCCCGCGCCGGUCAAAAGGGCUACCACCACCGCACCGAGAUCAACAAGAAGAUCUACAAGAUUGGCCAAGGCUACCAAAUCAAGGACGGCAAACUGAUCAAGAACAACGCAUCCACCGACUACGAUCUGUCGGACAAGAGCAUCAAUCCGCUGGGAGGCUUUGUCCACUACGGUGAAGUGACCAAUGACUUUGUCAUGCUGAAGGGCUGCGUCGUGGGAACCAAGAAGCGCGUCCUCACCCUCCGCAAGUCCCUUCUGGUGCAGACUAAGCGCCGCGCCCUGGAGAAGAUCGACCUGAAGUUCAUAGACACCACCUCCAAGUUUGGCCAUGGCCGCUUCCAGACGGUGGAGGAGAAGAAGGCUUUCAUGGGACCACUGAAGAAGGACCGGAUUGCCAAAGAGGAAGCUGCUUAAGGCCAGGGACCCGGUUGGGGGCUCGUGGUCUAUGAAUAAAACAGAAUUGUAUAAAAACA